CGCGGGUCCCGUGCGGUGAUUGACGCGGAGAGCCGCGGCUAGGUUGAAGCAGAGGUUAGCAGGAGAGCGCGGAAACGCGACGAUUCCGUUGUAGCGAAACAUAACGUUCGCGCGUGAGCAGAGAACGAAAAGCCAUCACACGCGCGCCUAGGGUUCCCUUUUUCCACCCCCUUGUGUCGUGUCCAGCGUACGUACGUGCGUGCGUGCGUGCGUGCGUGUGUGCACCGAACGGUGAGUGAGAGUGAGCGAGAAAGCGAGAGAUAUAGCGCGCGCGCGAGCGCGCCCGUGAAAGUGUGUGCGUGCGUACACGCGCGCGUUCUGGUUUUUCUGUUCCUCGGUGUGGUGCUCCUUUCCACCCUACUGAUACCCAAGAAGCGGCAGCAGCGAAAGGAAGGACCGCACGACUCCCCAACCCGUAUAUAGGCCCUAGAAGAAGGAGGAGGCGUAGGAGGAGAAGUGUACUGCGUGCAAGCCAGCACGCAAAAGGGCCCCUUUCGCGCGCGUGUGUGCGCUGUGUGCAUAUACGCCGCGCGUGUAUUAUACGCGGUUAGGUCGCCCGUUCGGUGUGGAUGGAAUAGGGCAGAAAAAGUCAAGCGAAAAAGGAAAAGAAAAAAAUAAAUAAAACAAGGGCAGUAACACCGCACCGUGCAGACGUCGACGACGACGGUGUCCAUUUGGCCCCAGCUAAAACCCGCGCAGUUGUGUAGUGCGUGUGCUUUCGUGCUCGCGUACGGAGAAAUAUUGUUUUCGGUGGCGCGCGCGUGUGAGCGAUCGUGUGAGAAGCGAGAUCGCCCGGAAAAUAGUGAGUGAGCAAAAAUCGCCGAGUCGGUCAGUGGUCAGACGGUGCACGGGGAAGAUUUUCCUGCUAGCGCGCGGAGAUAGUAGUGAUAGGGAGCUGAGCGAAUAGCACCCUCGAGGGAGGAGGCCAUCCCUUAGUUCUCGGUUAGCUUUUUGAGUGCAGACAAACGGGGAGGUGAACCAGCGACCCCCAGAGUGGGUUUUGUGUGUGUGUGGUGGAGUGUCGAAAAGAAGCCAAAGCAACAAAAGAAGGAAAAGAAAAGCGAACGGGCGCGCUGCGAUUGUUUGAGAGUGGCCCUUCUGCGCCCCUAAUUGAAGAGUGAGUGAGAGUGAGAAAGCAAAACGUCGGUGAGCGGUGAGAAGAAACGCUCGCCCCCAGUGAAGAGAAGGUUGGACCAGAAGGUGCCCAAGCAGGAGGAGCUGCGCGGGUGGUAAUAGAGUGACAGCACAAACAGCGCGCUUAUACACACUAAAUAGCCCUAGAGCCAUGUCGCUUCCUAUCAACUCCCUGUACAGCCUGACCUGGGGCGAUUACGGUACCUCGCUGGUAUCCGCCGUCCAGCUGCUCCGGUGCCAUGGGGACCUGGUCGAUGUUACGCUGGCCGCUGGUGGUCGCAGCUUUCCGGCCCACAAAAUCGUCCUGUGUGCCGCGAGUCCGUUUCUGCUGGAUUUGCUGAAGAACACACCGUGUAAGCAUCCCGUCGUCAUGUUGGCCGGUGUCAACGCGAAUGAUCUCGAGGCCCUGCUGGAGUUUGUGUACCGCGGUGAGGUGAGCGUGGACCAUUCACAGCUGCCAUCGCUGUUGCAGGCGGCACACUGCCUCAACAUCCAAGGACUGGCCCCGCAGACCGUAUCGCACAAGGACGACAACACAACGUACACCACCUCGAUCCAGCUACACCCGACGCUGGUGCCGCAAAACCACGUCAAGGCGGUGAUCGACGUCGGCAACAAUGUUUGCACGGAAGAACUCAUCACGACACUCGGCCCCACGCAGACGGUACAGGCGCAGGUUAUUGAGACGAUCACACCGGACCAGAUGACGGAUGAGGUAACCAAGGACGUAAUCAGCCAGUUUCUGCCCACGCGCAAGCGCAAGCAGCGCACAAAGAAGAACGCAAACCAAGGACAAGCCGGUGCCGCGACCAACAGCGCUGGUGGAACUCAGGCGGCCAAGGUAAUGAAAACGGACGACGACGGUACACUGCAAACGAUCAUUGUUAACAACGCCGAGGAGGGAGCCGCCGUGGCCAAGGACAUCAAGAAGGAAACCAACCCGGAUGGCACACCGAUCGACACCAAGGAAGGCAUUAUCAAGAUCAAGAGCAAAUCCCAAUCGGAACAACCGGCCACGUGCCCAAUCUGCCAAGCCGUGAUCAGACAAUCGAGGAACUUGCGCCGACAUUUGGAACUGCGACACUUCAAGAAACCCGGCGUAAAGAAGGAACGCAUCCGGAAGAGCAAGAAAGGACAAGCUAACCAGAACCAGGCAAACGGAAGCAACGGUGCAAACGCAGGAAACGUCACGGUCCAGGGCGGCGAUCAGGUCGGACAGCAACAGACGCAACAACAGGUCGUACAACAGCAAGCCCAGCAGGUGCAGCAAGGACAGCAGCAAACGACGAUCGACACCACCGGCACGAUAUCUGUCACCGUUUCCCAGGCCCAGGCACAACAGAUCGAACAGGCAGCCGCCAAUGGUCAGCAGCACGUUGUAACGCAGCACGAAAAUGCGGACGGUACCACAUCGCUCUCGAUCGCGCAGGUUCAGACACUCGACGGCCAUCAGCUCGCAAUUGGAAAUCUCAACCAGGCUACACUGAUCCGGACCGGCGAACCAAUCGAGACGGGUAUCAUUGCAACGCACGAGCCGACGCUACGCCCUCACACGGAACUGUUCCGCGUCGGCAACACCGUCUACACGAUAGAAGAACGUCGGACGGACACCACCAAUCGCCUAACUUAG